AUGUUCCUCAACGGGCAGGGUGGACAGCGACCUCCGACGGUGGCCACCCCGCCACUCAACAUUCGCACUUCCAUGUCGACAGAUUCUAGUGGUCUAGGUCGUUCAAGGAACAACUCCGAUGCUAUGGAUAUCUAUGCAAUCACGGACAGGAGUCAUGCAGAGCGAGAUCCGGCUGCUGGCCGAUGGCACGGCAAUGGGUCCCCCAGCAUCAAUGCUACGAGUAGCAAGAAUCCUGACAGAUACCCAUGUUAUCAGGAGAACGGACGAACCUACCAUGGAUACCGCAAAGGAAUCUAUAUGCUGCCGUGCGAUGAACAGGAGCAGGACCGCCUGGACAUUUUCCAUAAACUCUUCACCGUGGCGAGGGUCUCUGACGGCUUGAUUUACGCCCCGCACCCGAGCAACGGUCGAUUCCUGGACCUGGGUUGCGGAACGGGAAUCUGGGCGAUCGACGUCGCCAACAAGUAUCCAGACGCAUUCGUCCUUGGGGUCGACUUGGCUCCCAUCCAACCUCCCAAUCACCCGAAGAAUUGCGACUUCUACGCACCAUUCGACUUUGAAAGCCUUUGGGAGAUGGGGGAGGACUCGUGGGACCUGAUUCACAUGCAGAUGGGCUCUGGGAGCGUGGCAAGCUGGCCGAACCUCUAUCGAAGGGUCUUCGCUCAUCUUCGUCCUGGUGCCUGGUUCGAACAGGUGGAAAUCGACUUUGAGCCCCGCUGUGAUGAUCGCUCUUUGGAUGGCUUGGCUAUCCGUCAAUGGUACCAGUUACUGAAACAAGCCACCGAGGAAAGAAUGCGGCCUGUCGCUCACAGCUCGCGCGAGACGAUUCGAAAUUUGCAGGAAGCUGGCUUCACUGAGAUCGACCAUCAGAUGGUUGGGCUCCCUCUCAAUCCUUGGCAUCAGGAUGAGCACGAAAGAAAGGUAGCUCGAUGGUACAAUCUGGCGAUUUCGGAGAGCAUUGAGACGAUGAGUUUGGCCGCCUUUAGCCGCGUGUUUGGUUGGCCCAUUGACCGGAUACAACGGAUCUCCGCUGAUGUCAAGUCAGAAGCCUUUAACAAAGAGAUCCAUACUUACAAUAUCUUGCAUAUAUACCAGGCACGCAAACCGCUGGCCAAUUGA